AACUGUUCCGAUUGUUCCGGUGUUCCUUAUUCAUUGUUUACGUGACGUGGUGAUACACUGUUGUUGCCGGUUAUAUUCGAGCUAACAAUAGUCAAAAUUGUUUUAUUUACUUGGUUAUUGUAAUUUUCGUAAAAAACAGUUAUAACCAUGUUGCAAUCUCUGUUUGACGAUGUUCGACGGAUGAAUAAACGGCAGUUCCUGUAUCAAUUAUUAAGUUUUGGUAUGAUCGUUACGUCUGCCUUGAUGAUUUGGAAGGGUUUGAUGGUCGUAACAGGUAGCGAAAGUCCGAUCGUAGUGGUCCUAAGCGGUAGUAUGGAGCCUGCAUUUCACAGGGGGGAUUUGCUACUUUUAACCAAUUAUCAAGAUGAACCUGUUAGGGUAGGAGAAAUUGUUGUUUUUAAAGUUGAGGGUAGGGAUAUUCCAAUUGUGCACAGAGUACUUAAACUUCAUGAAAAGGGUGGACAAAAUAAUACUAUUAAAUUUCUAACAAAGGGUGAUAAUAAUUCUGUUGAUGAUAGAGGUUUAUAUGCUCCUGGACAAUUAUGGUUGACUCAUAAAGAUGUUGUUGGUAGAGCAAGGGGUUUCUUACCAUAUGUAGGAAUGGUUACAAUAUAUAUGAAUGAAUGUCCCAAAUUUAAAUUUGCGGUAUUAAUAUGUCUAGGAUUAUAUGUUCUGCUACACAGGGAAUAAAGUUAUUUCCAUAAGAAAUUACAGACUGUUCUUGUUCUUUCAUGAAACAGUACAUUGUAAAAUAUACAGAUUAAUAAUUAAAAUAUAUAUGUGGAACUAUGUACAAUGUCAAUUUAUGUCUUGUUGAUUUCAUACCAUUCAAAAAAUGUUUACAUGUAAAAGAUGAAAAAUGUUAGUUUUUCAAAAAUCUUGUGUAUGUUCACAUUAAUAACAGGAAAAUAUGAAGAUACUGUGUGUGAAACUGUGGUACUUUUGUACUAUAUUAAAAGACAAUGCCUUGCCAAUAAUUGGUACAGCUGAAUGUACAAACACAUUGAUUUUUAAGUGACUCUUGUUGUCUUGACAAAAUUCAUUAACUUCUCUGAAUGAUCUAAGUUUGUGAUAGUUCAUGGUACAUGUUAAUCCUAUAGUGAAUGUAAUAUAGGUACACUGAAUCAUA